GCUCCGUGGCUCUGCGCGCACAAGGUCGUUCAUUUUAUCGCUCCUUGGUCUCUGACUGAACUUUUUCGGCUCCAUCCGCGGGUCUUGUACGUCCGUCGUCGAUUGCCGCACUUGCGCACCAGCCAGCCAGCCACCACGGCUGCCACCGUUCAAAAAAAGAAGCGCCAGAGCUCAUCCAGCCGGAAAACGAACAAAUCCUCUUGUUGUUUCUAUCGUUUCUCCCUUUGAUAUUCUCGUUCGACAAACGAAAUCGGGUUUUCUGCUUCUUACACGCCGAAUCAAAGGAAAAAGAAGAUUCUCUCGACACUCCCGCCGUUCCGUGUGUUUAUUGUGUGCGAGUUUGUGAGUGAGCGGCGCCAUUCGUUUGAUUUAUUCUCCCGCUCGUAUCAUUCUAAAGUUUUUUCCCCGUUUGAUCCCGCUCGACACCACAGCAACCGGCGGCUAAGUUUUGACACUUGCUAACCCUGUGUGAUCCUCCUUCAACUAAAGGCACUUGAUACACAUGUAGCGUGACUGCCGAUCCUUAGAGAACAUUUCGAAUGAACGGCCGCAAAGACUCAGCCGUUACGGCACAGCCCACCCGCUUAACCGCCGUCAACACCUUUUGAAAACUUUGCGCGUUUAAAUUUUCCCGGCCUAAUUAGACCGAAAAACAUCGAGUGUUAUUGCCCAGUGUAUUGCAAGUGUUUGUGCGCCAUUUAAAAGUUGAAAAACUGGUCAAAAUAUAACCGACAGAAAAACCUCAACGACAAUAGUAAAAAAGAUUCUCAUAGUGUUUGCUGCACUGAAAUUAUGACCACCAUGUCGAGUUACACACAGUUCGGCUACCCGUACAGCGCCGCAUCACAGUUAUUGAUGUCGACGGGAAGUCCGUCGGGUGGCGGAACGGCCUCAUCGUCCUCCUCUUCCUCAUCUUCCUCCUCAUCGGCGGCCGCAUUGGCCGCACCGGGAGCCGCCAGUCCCGGAAGCGGUGGUGACAGCGUCAACGCCGAUGGGCCGGCCACCACAGCAACAACAACGACAACUUCGUCGUCGUCAAACAACCUCAACGCUUCGGCCGGCUCCGGCUCGGCCUCUCCGUGCUGCGAUUCCGGCCGUCCACUAGUGACGGACCCGGUGACCGGCCAGACGGUCUGCUCGUGCCAGUACGAGCGUCUGCAAGCCCUGCAGAAUGGCCUGGCCGCCGGUUACGGUCCGGCCGCCGCCGCCGCUGCCGCCCGCCUAGCCGCCGUCUCGUCGGCCGUGACGGGCGUGACCGGCCUCCACGGCGUCUACAGCGCCGCCUACCCAUCCUCCGACCAGAACCCUUACCCCAGCCUGGGCAUGGACAGCACCACGGCCUUUUACUCCUCACUGACGAAUCCGUAUUCAUUGAAGGAAGCUGGAACGGGAGGCAGUGACGUGUCGGCCUGGUCGACGGCCCCUGGACUCCACCAAUCGGCCCAGGGUUAUUAUCCCUACGAUCCAGCCCUAGCCGCUUAUGGAUACGGGGCCAGCUACGAUUUGGCGGCCCGUCGGAAGAACGCCACCCGCGAAUCGACGGCGACGCUCAAGGCCUGGCUGUCUGAGCACAAGAAGAACCCGUACCCGACCAAAGGUGAGAAGAUCAUGCUGGCCAUCAUCACCAAGAUGACGCUGACCCAAGUGUCGACUUGGUUCGCCAACGCCCGUCGCCGGCUCAAAAAGGAGAACAAAAUGACGUGGGAGCCAAAGAACCGCAACGACGACGACGACGACGACGAUUGCGGCAGCGGACGCUCAGACGACGAGUCCUCGUCGCCCGUCCACGGCAACAAACAACAUCAGUCCGGCACCAAUAAAAAGAUGAAACACUCCAAAAUCGACAAAGAUGACGUCGAUGACAAAAGCGACUGCGACGACGACUCGAGGGGCUCCGUUUCUCCGCAUUCCAUCGGCAGCAAUUCGCUGAACCAUUUGGUCCAUCCGCACCACCACCACCAUCACCUGGUCCACCCGUCGCAUCACCAGCACCACCACCACGGCAGUGGCGAUGUGUCCGUCUCCGUGUCCGUCUCCAAUUUGAUGAACAACACCUACCACCACCAUGCCCAGCAGAUGGCCGGCUACGCUGCCGCCCAUCAGCACGGCAUGAUGGACAUGCACCAGCAGCACCAGCAGCAGCUCUCCUCGCCCACCUCGUCGUCGGCGGCCAAGCCGAAAAUCUGGUCGCUGGCCGACACGGCGGCCUGCAAGACGCCACCGCCUCCGCCCGGCCACCAGGUGGCCGGCAACAGUUCCGGCGGAGGCGGCAGUUCCGGCAGUUCCAUGAUGGCGGCGGCCAUGAUGCAUCCAGCGGCAGCGGCGGCCGCCGCAGCCGCCGCCGCAGCCCAUCACCACCACCACCAUUUGGCGGCCGUCGGUCCGGCCAAUCAUCACUCCUGGUUCUCGGGAGUCAACGGACCGAUGAGCUCCAUGGCCACCAUGACCGGUGCGGGCAGCAGCGCCAUGAUGAACGGCAUGUCCAACAUGGCGGCCAUGAACGCCAAAAUGGCCGCCGGAUUCGGAUCGUACGGACGGUAUCCGAGUCUGACCGGCUACGGCAACUCGGCCGGAUACUCAUCCGCCUCAGCCGGAUCGGCUUCCGCCGCCUACAAUGGAUACACGGACGCCGUCCAGACGGACACUCCGCCGCAGACUCCGCCCAAUCUCAAGUUGAACGCCAACAGCCUGGGCCAGCACCAGUACCACCCAUACGUUUCCCCGCAACAACAACAGCAACAACAACAGCAACAACAACAACAACAGCGUUUGAGUUCUAUGCCACUGCCACCGACCAUGUCCGGCUUGAGUGCGUCGGCCGUCGAUCCUUCGUCGGAGAUGCCCAGCCCGGGCUCGGCAUCUGCCCGAUCAUCCCAGCAACAACACAGUAACCUGCCAAUGGCGGCCCCAUCCACCACUCCCUCGGCGUCGUCGACGUCGUCGGCCAUGAUGACGUCCGUCGCCCAGCCGCAACAGCAGCACGGCUCGCCCGGCAGCAGUGGCAACGAAUCAUCGUCUUCGACAGCCUUCCGUCCCGUCUACCGAACGUCUCCUAUUGGCGGAGCGGGUUACCCGUCAUGAUUCUGACAUAGCGGCCGAGACUUUCCUGAUGUAAUUCAGAUCGACUGUUGAUCUUUGAUUGCAAAACUGUUUGAAUUUUUGCGCGCUCAUUUGCUCCCCCCUUCCCCCGUGAAAGAAAAUGGCGUCGACACCACUAUACAUAUAUGAAACACACGAAAUUUAAAAUAGUUGCUAUUACACACACAGCGUGCGCCAUUCCGUCGACGACAUCCAUUUUGUGUGUCUGAUUUGAAAAAGAAAACCAAUUGAUCACGUAAUAAUAAUACGCUUUUGUCGUUUAAGCAUAUCGGACCUAUCCAACAACAACAACAACCCAGUGCAAUUUUUCCUCCGCUUUUCUCUCUCUCUAUCCUGGAAAAACAAAACAAAAACGACUUAUAUUCUAAUUCUUCCCGCCGUAUCAUCUUUCUUUUAAAAAAUUGCAAAACACACGAUAUACAUUAUAUCUGUGAUAGUGUUUUUCAUCCCGGCUUUUCCUCUCUUUUGAUAUACAUAAACAUAUUCUCUCGCUUCUCUUGUGUGUGCUGGCCUUUGCUGCCGGCCUCCCCUAAUUUUUCAGACAACAACAAAAAAUCAAAAAUUAAUUUUUUCCUUUUUUUAAAUUUGAUUUAAUUUUUUAUUUCUUCUCUCCAUGUGUGUGUAAUGUCCACUAAAAAUAUAUAAUAUCGAUAGUUUUUUUUUGUGGUCCGUCUCUGGAGACGGACGUUGUGUGGAAAAGCGGAUCUGAGAAAAACAAAAACAAAAAACUAUAAUAGGUGAAACUGGUUUUCCAGAUGAAUUCUUUUAUUUCUUUUUCUGUCCCCCCCCCCCAUUCCUUUUCGUGUAUACAUAAUUAUAAAUUAGGUUUUUGUUAUAUAUAUUAUAUCGUUUCCUUUUUAGAUUUUUCUGUGGUGUAUAAUCUGAUUGGCUCUCUGCUCUGCUGUGUGCUCUCCUAUCAAAAUGUUUGUGCAAAAAGGAAAAAGAAAAAAGAUACAAAAAAAUAAUAAUAACUCUCCCAAAAUCGUGUCCUAAAUAUAAUAUACUCUGACGGAUAUUAUGAAAAAUUGUGAAAAUGUGUCUAACUCGAUUAUUAUUAUAUCUCUCUCGAUUGCAAAAAAGACAAAAAAAGGGAAAAAUCAUGUGAAUCCAAUUUAUCAACGCCCAUCAAAAAUUCUGUACAUUUUUCUAUUUGGCUGUUUUUGUUCGUUGGCUAUACACACACGAUGGCGAGAUACACACACACAAAACCACUGAUAAAUCUAAUUAUAUUAAUAGCUUUUUUUUCAUGAAUUUUUGUUUGUUUUUUUUCCCCAAUUUUUGAUUGAAAAUUGUUUGUUUUUUAAUUUUGAUGUGCCUCCCAAUUUUUUUUUCUUGACACACGUUUGAAAAAAAAAAAACCUUUUUUUUUAUGUUUGGUCCUCCUCCUCCCUCCCAUCAAACGUUGGAAUUAUAACCUGAUGAAUGUCAACUCUCUCUGUCCGAGCGAUGAAAAUAUAAAAACAGAUGAACUUUAAAA